AAAGAAUACUUACCACCAAAAUUCAGAUGUGUAAAUAGUUCAAGAAGACCAUUAUUCAGCAUUCCUUUCGACUGCUCCAUCAGAAAUGGAGUCGGAAGCUGCUGAUAUUCCACAAGCUGUAAAUGAAACAAUAGAAGCAGAAGAUGGACAGUUGAUAAAAGAAACUACCAACAUAGAAUUUGAUAAAAUUUUGAAAGAGGAAAGGAUGGAUGCUGAGGAUACCCCUUAUGAACCUCAUGAAGCCAUAAAAAGUAAUUUUGAGGUAGAAAGUGUAAAGAACACUAACGAAGGCAGUGCAGAAGCAGGUGAGGGUGAGAAUUUUUUCAAUUUAUCCUCAAUAGCCAAGGUUUCUGUCGAAGCAAAGCCAGAUGCCUAUGAAGUAAUCGAAAAGCCAGAUCAAACAAAGCAAGAUGCUUGGAAGAUACACUCCCUCGAAUAUGAAAAAUUAGAUAAUCGACCGGUAGAAAUUAUUGUAACUAAAGAGACUUCAGAAGAAAUACAACGGAGUGUUGAAAAAUUAUCAAGUAGCUUGGACAAAGUUGCGAAUAGAGGAGUGAUACCAGUAGAUUCUACAGUAGAAUCAGCAGAUACUACCUCAGAACAGAAAGUAGAAUAUUCAACUCACGCCCCUGAUACAAAAGAAGCGAGAGUAGACACUAAGAAAUUGAAAGACACGAAUAUUGGAGAAACUGGUGCAGGAAAGUUUGGAUCAGGCAAGGAUAGGAAAUUGGCAGACAAUUUUGAUGUUGCGCUUGAGAAAGGAAGUCAAGAAACAAUUACAUUAAGGGAAGACACGAUAGAUGUAACCAAAGAUGAAUGUCAACUUCAGGACCAGAACAACUCAGAAAGUUCUUUCCUUAAAGAUGCAGAAGACGUGGUCAUCCAGGAAGGCGACAAGACUGCAACAGUACAGGAAGUAUCUGAAAUAGUAUUGGAAAGUAUUCCAAACCUAAGUGCAGGGGAAGUAGAAAACCAAUCUACAAAUUUGGAAGAAGUUGGAGAUCGUAGCAUUCAAACAGCUACACAGAAGACAGAAGAAAUUUCAAUGAAACAAGUUGAUGAGCCACAGAUAAAACAUGAUGAAUGUUUACUAAACGAAAGCGGGAAACUGUCUUCAACAGAAGAUCCGUCAUGGGACACUAAUCAUGAAGGCAUUGGAGCUGGUGACUUAAAGAAGGGUGAUAUAUCGGAAGAUGAGAGAUCUUCAGAAAAUUAUUUGCCGUAUGAGAAACCUGUAGAAUCCUUGCAUGUAGCUCCUGAGGAGAGUAGAACAUCUGCUUCAUGUCAAAAUGCAAAAACAAUAAACCCUUCACUGGAACAGAUUCACGUAAAUCCUGAAGAAAUCCUCAGUGAUGAAACAAAGGAUAAUACAAUUGAUGCGGCGAACAUGAAGGAUGUUUCAACAAUAGAUCCAAAUGAGGAGGCUGGUGAUUCCAUUCCAUACUGUAGUACCACUGACUUAAAUGUUACUCAUCCACCAGAAGGAAGUGAAAAUGAUUUUCCACCAAUAGAUGCACACCAUGAUCCUGUCACCAACAGCAAUAUAAGCAGUAAAGAAGAAGGCGACCAGAUUAACACUCUAGAAGAUCAAGAUCAUUCUGGGGCAUUGAUUGAAGUAAGAGAAGACGAGAGCAAAGAAACAGAAAGUCAGGUGAAUGAUUAUUGUCAGGUUACCAGUAAGCCUCAUGAUACUGAAACACAGAAGAUGGACAAGAAGCAGGAUACUACCAUUCAAUCAGAAGCUACAGCUGAUGAAACGAUUAAGAUUUGCGAAGAGAAAACAGAACUUGAGGUUACUCAUUCCAGUGAGAACAUCGAAAAGAUUAUCCUAUUUAACGAGAACAGGAAUCAGCAUGUUCCUGUAGCACCCAAUCUGGAAGAAGAAGUCGCAGAAAGCCUUGAAGGAGACAAGAAUAUAAUUGAUAUCCUCAGUCAAGAGAUGGAGGACAGCUAUCAAGUGCAAGAUGUAUACAUGGAUAAUUCAAUGAAGAUCAUAAACACUGAUUCUGGAGCAAAGGACAACUUAACUGUUUCAACAGAUGAAAAAACAGAAACUGGGGUUUCAUGUGAAAAGAAAAAUGAAAUAAAGGAACCUGAUACAGAGAUACUCGAGCGAAGACUUCAAAGCCAGGAUACGGACAAGCAGAUAAUGAUGGAAACUGGUGAAUUCAAGGACAACUGCACAGAAACACUAGAAGAAAACAGUGCUAAAGAGGAAGACGAGGAAAGGAAAGAAAUCGUGGAAGCAGAACUGAGCACGAGGGAAGGACUCAAUGUAGAUAAUCCAACUUCAGUAAUCACAGAAAAUAAAGUAGAUGAAAACCUGAACGAAGAUGAAAGGAAUGUGAUUAUAUCAGAACAAGAGAUAAAAAAUGCAGAGAAUGAAGGCACAGGAGAGAAUUUUAAAGGCACACAUUUCUCAGAGGACAGUAAAGCUGAAACCCUGGAGCAUGAGGAAGAAUCAAGUACCAACUGUAUCAUUCAGAGAUCAAUUCAAUCAGAGGAACAAGAGAUGUGGUCAAAAGACUGCCUAGAUUCAGCCAAGAACUUGCCCUCUGUUUCUGAGAUAUCUGAGGGAAGUAGAGAUGACAUCAUAGUUACCUCAGAGUUGGCAGUCACAGAAGGAACAGAAGAUCCCAACUUAGAAGAAGUUAAAUUACAAGACAAAUUACAGCUUGAUGAAAAUGAUCUGGCUUCCAAAAAACUGGGAAUGCCAACUAGUAAACCAGAAAAGAAAGAUGCAGAAGGCAUAGAUAUCAAAUCUGAAUAUGACAGCAUCUCUAACUUGGGCGAAAACAGAGAUGUGAAUCUUUUCAUGACAGAGGGAAAUGAAGUGCAGAAUGAAACUCAGGCUGCAUUAUCAAAAUGUAACGAUCAGGUCGCUGCUGGUGGUGAUGUUUCACAAAACACAUUGGAACUGAGCCUUGGAGAGUCGUACAAUACUUCAUAUGAAGAACAAAACUUUUUUCCAGUCUCAGGCAAUGAGUCAAAAGAAGACACUUCUGAAAACAUUGAGAGCUCAAGUAUCAUCCCAAAUUCUUUAUCAGCUGAAAAGACCACUGAAAAUAUAGACACAGCAAAGGAUGAUGUAGGACAAGAAGACACUGCCAGAAAUUCUGAUAACUUCUUAAAGGAAACUGUUGACACUCAGAAACCAGAGUUGGAAUCAAAGACACAGCAUGAAAACAGAAUGGAAUAUUUGGACAUCAACAGUAUGAACAGCAUGAUAGAAAAGGAUCUAGAAUCAGUUGAGCCUACCAAAGAACCCCCUUCUACCUCGGAACCAGUGAUUGAGCUCCAAGGUAACAAAAGCAACCAUGAAAAUACUAUCACUGCAGUGGUAGAUGAUGGCAUCAAGGCUACAGAAGAGAAGAAUGAGUCGAUUGGAGAAAUACUAAUAUCCCAACGCUGUUUGGAUGGUAAAGUGCAGAAAGAUGAUAAUGGAAGGGAACACGAACACGAAACGGAUGGAAAGCAGCAAAUUGACUCGAUACAGGGAGUUGAGAAAGAUCAUGAAAGUGACAACACCAUUGAACAAGAAGAAAAAGUAAGCCAGCAAGAUUUUGAAAGCCGCCAAAGAGAAGCAAGUCGUGAAAAGGGAAUCCAAUUAGGGGCUGAUGGUCCAAAUGAUAGAGCACCAAAUUGUAACCAGAUAAUAACGGAUGGCAGUUUGUCUGAAGAGGUGCAGCGAGAGAAUGAGAAUGCUGAUAGCGGAGGGAAAAUUAAAGAGCAAAUUGAGGAAGAAGGUUGUUCUGAGGAUGUUCAAAUGAUAGCUGCGUCCAAUGUAGAGAUGCAUGAGGAAAAGGUCUUACAUUCAAGCUCCAUAAAGAAUCUAGGUGAAAUUCUUUCAGAUGAUGGUAAAAAAAAAAUUUCUCUAAACAAUGCUGAAGUUCUCAGUCAGGAGCAAGAAGAAUCAUCUGUCACGGAAGUGCCAGAAGAUGAGAAACUUGCAAAUACGACCAGCUUGGCAUCUGUAGCAACAGAGGAGAAUACUGAUUAUAAAAUUGUUCACGAGCCAAGUUGUUUCUAUGACAAGACUGACACUGAGGAUGUGCAUGUGAUAGAUAAUGCCAUCACAAUUUCAUCAAAGGAGAAUCUUGUACAAGUAGAUCCAGAAGAAAGCACAGAUCUCCCAGUUCCAUGUGGAGAAAAAGUGGAAACAAUGCAACAGGACAGAAUAACUGUUCUGGAUGAAAUUGAAGAACAACCACGAAAUGCUUCUGAGGCUAUCUCAAAAGGAAAAAUUACUCUCGACAUUGCUGAAGAUCUCAAUCAGGAGCAAGAAGAAUCACCUGUCACAAAAAUGCCAGAAGAUGAGAAACUUGCAAAUAUGACCAGCUUGGCAUCUGGAGCAACAGAGGAGAAUAGUGAUUACACAAUUGAUCAUGAACCAAGUAGCUUCCAUGACAAGACUGAUACUGAGGAUGUGCAAGUGCUAGAUGACUCCAUCACAAUUUCAUCGAAAGAGAACCUAGUACAAGUAGAUCUAAAAGAAAGCCCAGAACAUCAGGUUCCAUAUGGCGAAAGAUUGGAAUCAAUACAACAGGACCCAAUAACUGUUCUGGAGGAAAUAGAAGAAAAACAACCAAGAAAUGCUUCUGACGCCAUUUCAGAAGAAAAAGGAGUUAAUUUUGAAGGAGCAAAGAGAACUACCGACAAUUGCAAAGAGGUAACAGACAGUUCCAGCUUCGUGGAACUAGAUGAAAUAUCACCAUCCAACCCUCCUCAGGAAUCUAGAAAAGAUACAGUGCAGAUGGGCGAAGAUAAAGGAACUGAAAAACAACAGGAUGACCUUCACACUUUAGCACACACCAAAUACUCGCCCAUGGAAAUAACACAAAAGGAUGCUAUAUGGUUUGUUGCAAGCACAGAUGGUUCUGAAGACACUGGAGUAAUGGGGAAAUUUGUGGCAGCCACUCUACCGGCAUCAGAUGAGAACAUGGAAGAAGAAGCAGAAUUUAAGGAGAGUGAAUUUACUGAUAAUUCAACCAGCAACAAGAAUAUUCAGCAGCUGCAACAGGAAGAUACAUCAGAAAAAUUCUUGACUGAUGUAAAAAAUAUGAAAUCUGUGGAAGGUGAGCUAGAGGAAGCAAACUGCUUACAAGAGAAAAUAAUUGUUGGUGAAACAAUAGAAUCAAGAAAGGAGUCCACAUCAAUAGAGAUAGCUAAAGGUUCACAACCUGACAUUCUUCAGAUUUGUUCCAUGGAAACCUCACAUGCAGAAGAACAUUCUACUAAACAGAAAGAGCUGACAAUCAACAGAGAAGAACUGCAUGUAGAAAAAACUGAACUUAUUCAAGAUGGAGAAGAAAAACUGCAAGAUGACAAAGAGGAAGAAGAGGAAGCCGGCAACCCAAAAAUGUGUACGGUCGAUGUAGUAAUUCACGAGCAGGAAAAGGGCCAAGAUUCGAGCUGUAUAAAGAAUCUAGCUCAAACAAAUUUGGAUGACAGUAAAGGAAAAAUAACUCGGGACAUUUCUGACAAUCUCAAUCAGGAUCAGGCAGAAUUGUCUGUCACAAAAAUGUCAGUAGAAGAGAAACUUCCUAACACAAUCAGUUCGGCAUCUAAAGCAAUAGAGGAGAAUAGUGAAUCAAACACUUUCCAUGAAAAGACAGAUACCCAGGAUGUGCAAGUUCUAGAAGACUCAAUCACAUGUCCAUACAAGGAAAACACAGUACAAGGAGAUCCAAAAGAAAGCAAAGACCAGAUUCCAAGUGAAGAGAAAAUGGAAUUACUGCAACAGGAUUCACCAACUGUUCAGGAGGAAAUAGAAGAACGACAAACAGGAAAUGCUUUCGAUACUCUCCCUGAAGCAAAAGGAGUAAAUAGUGAAGGAGAAAAAGGAAUUAAUGGCCACUGUGAAGAGAUAGUGGCCAGUUCGAGGUUUGUGGCAAUGGAUGUAAUCUCACAUUCCAACCCUCUUCCAGAAUCUAGUACAGAGACAAUGCAGGAGGGUGAAGAAAAAGAAACAGUGAAUCAACGUGAAGGCAUUCACAUUUUAGCACAAACCAUUGAUUCGCCUAUGGAAAUUACACAAAAGGAUGCUCCAUUGUGCAUUGCUAGUUCUGAUGACAAUCAGGUGAUGCAGGAGUUGGAGGUAGCCUCUCUACCGGCAUUGGAUAAAAACGUGUUAGAUGAAGCAAACUAUGAGGAAACCACACAUGUGGAAGAUCAUUCUACUAAAGACAAAGAGCUAACAAUCCACAAAGAAGAGUUGCAUGCGGAGAAAACAGAACCUAUUGAAGACAAAGGAGCAAAAAUGAAGGAAGAGAAAGAAGAAGAGGUGGAAGCGGGAAAGCUGAAAAGUUCAGACUUUGGUUCUGAAGCCCUGACCUUGGUAGAGGAAAGAGACAUGCAUGUCACAGGAUCAGUGUCUGAAGCCCCAGAUGAGAAUCUUAACUUCAAAGUUGAAGGAGAAGCAAAUAAGUUCAAUGACAAGGCUGACGCUACACCAAGUACUGUGAUGAAGAAAGAAACGAGUGGGGGGGAAAUUAGUGACAAUGAAAAGUGUACUAAUUCACGUGAUGAAACUCCAGAAAUCAUCAAUACAACUUCUGAUGACAUAGAAGAUCAAGAAGUUAAGAGUGAAGGGGUUGCAGAAGAUACUGCCUCAGUACCUCAAUCCGAAACAGUUGAAGCUCACCAUGCAGACACUGGAAGUGCAGUUGUCAAAAAAUCAGAAUCCAACGAAGUUGAAUUUGCAGAUGUAGAGAAUAAGGCUGGAGAAGCAUACAAGUCAAAUGAUCAGAACGUAGAAGAACUCACAUAUCGGGAGUUUCCAACUUUGACAAAGAAUAAUGCAGAAAACAGUGAGAAGGAAACAGACAGAGAUUAUCGAAAAGGCUUUGAGACCAAAUAUGAGAGAGCUGUGAUUGAAGAUAAUUUAACCUGUGAUCAGGUAAAACAAAAACUUCAGGAGAAAUCGCUGGAAUUGCUUUCCAAGGUACAGUCAUGUGAUAACAAACUUCAGAGCGCAGAGAACAAUGAUCAUGGAGAGAAUGAGGAAAGCAUAGAACACGGAGACAAGAAAUUGAAAGAUGAGGACAGUCUGAAUAAUAGUACAAAAAAGGACGAAGUUGAUAAUUUGGUUGAUUCUAAUUUAGAAAUUCUUCAGCCAGAUAAGCUGGAAAAGGUUAUUGGAUCUGAGACCCAAGUUCAAAGUUUUGAAGUAAUCGUAAGAGGAGGACAUAUGAAAUCAGAGAAAGAGAAUCUUGAGGCAGCAAAAGAGGAAAUAAGAGCUGGGAAAAUUGUGGCUGAGGAAAAUUUUGAAGCAAAUGAAAGCAAGAAAAUCGACAUGCCAAGUGAUAAGAUCAAGGAUGGAGAUGAAGCUGUGGAGGAUAGCCAGCUUGGAUCUCCAACGGAAGCAACAAUUGCAGAAAGAUGCCAAGAGGGUGAGGAAAAGCUGGAAGAAGAUCCAAAAGUAAAGACGGAAGAAGCUAUAAAGUGUGCAAAUGAAAAGGUGUCUGAAAAUUUUGAAGAGGCUUAUAUCAACGAGAAUGUCAGGGAACGUAUUGCAUUUGACGACAAGGCUGUCGAAGAGCCAAAGGAAUCAAUUGAUGAAAUCCUCCAUGUAAAAGAGGAGGGAAAUGUAGAUACUGAAAGAGAGGUUAAAGGCUCAGAGGUAGCAUUUCCAGAGCAUGGUGAGGACAGAACAGGAGCUAACAAGGAUACAGGACUACAAAAUAGAAACAUCAAUUUUCCUCCUAUGGGAGACACAGCUGCAGGAAAACCACAGGAUAAUGAAAAUAUAAAAUCUGAAGCUGCACCUACAAAAUUGAUUUAUGAAACCAUUGAGACUUGUGAUGAUAACAAAGAAAUUAUUACGCGAGAGAAAGAGGGCACUGAAAGAAAACAUGAGAAGCUGACCAUCUCUGAAUCUUUAGGAGCUGAAGAAAGAGAUGAACGGCAGGACAAAAACCAGCAUCAAUUUAAAAUAGACAAGCAACUGAAAUAUGGAGUUUGCAUAUCCAACAGAGUACAAGAAAAGGGCGAGGAACAAGUAAUGCUUUCAGCAGGAGAAGGAGAGGUUAUAGUGGGUGAAACUGAUACUUGUAGCAGACAAACUGAAGAUGAAAAUGAGAAGCCUGAUUUUUCAUCUCACAGCAACGACACAUCAGAAAUAUCACAUAGUGAUAGGGUCUUGGGUAUUGCAAAAGACAAUGAAAACUCCACAAAUAUUAGAAUGCUAGAGAAAAUCUUUAAUGGCACAACCAAGAGAGAGAUUUCUGAAGCUACAUGUCCAAAUGAAAGUGGAGAAGUCAUAACACCUGCAGUCAGCAAACGCAUUCAACCAAUGGAACAUAACUCUGAAGCAAUAACAGUAAAUGCUGAAAUGCAUGAAUCAAAAGCUGGAACUGCUUCCAGUGAUGUAGAAACAAUGGGAGUACAAUAUGGAGAAGAGAGAAAGGAAAAUGACGAUUACAAAGAAAUGACAGAGGCAUCCACUUCCAUGGAAUGCACCAUUUCAACAUCAAAAAUCAUGCAGGGAUCUGCAGAAGUAAUGUUGUUAGCUGUUGAUGAUCAAGAAACUCAAGAUCAACUCGUCAAACUUCAGCACUUACCUCAUCUACCCCACAUCCAGGCUUCUGAAAUGGGAAAAACAGAGGAGGUUGGUCCAGUAGAUCUUCAAAGAGCUAGCAAUAUAACUGGGGAUAUGCAAGAGUUGGAUGAAAAAUUCAUUGCACUAUCAAAUAAAGAAAAUCUAGCAGAGAUAGAUCCAAAUGAAAGCACGGAACAAAAGGAUUCAAGUUGUGGAAAAGAAUUUGAUAUAAUUCAACAGGACCACAUGCCAGCAACUCUCAGGCAGGAAAUAGAAAAAAAGCUACCAAAAAAUUCUUCAGAGGCUGUCUCAGAUGCUAAAGAUGCAAUUUGUGAAGAAGAAAAAGUAACCGUUGAUAAUUGCAAUGAAUUUAUAGAAAAUAACGAUAAGGUCACGCCAUCUAACAUGCUUCAGGGUUCUUCAAGUGAGGCAGCACAAGGCUCUAAAGAUAAAUAUACCCCAACUCAACACAAUGAGCUACCCAUUUUAUCAGAUUUCAAAUAUUCAGACAUGGAAAGAACACAGACCGAUGUUGAAUUGUGUGUUGAAAGACUCAAUAGUAUUGAUGUCACAAAGGUCGCACAAAACCUAGAUGCAGUCCCUGUACAUGCAUCAGAUAAGCAAAUAAUUACAGAUGCAGAUCUUACCAAGAAUGUGGAUGCCUUCAAUUCAACAGUUGAAUACAAAAACGUACCACAGCUGCAACAAGCCACCACAGAAAUUUUUCAGGCUGAAGGUGAAAUACAAAAACCUUCUGGAGUUGAGCAAGAGGAAGCAAAAUGUGGUCAAGAGGAAAGAACUGAUGAAACAAGUGAAUCGACUAAUAAGUCUGCAUCCACAGAGAUAGCUGAGCCUUCGUUAUCAGACCUUCUUCAGGGCUCGCUGAAAGAAUCCUCGGAAAUGGCUGAUCAUCAUGCUGAAGGAAGAAAAUCAGCAGUACAGAAAGAAGAGCUGAAGGCAGGAAAAACAGAAGAAGCCAACCAUGAAGAGGAAAAACAUGGUCACGAGGAAUCAAACGAACAGAAAAAAUCCGACUUGGGCUCUGAAGCUCCUGUCAUGUUGGAUACAGGAGCUGUGGAUGCCAAAGUUGCUCAUAAAAAAUCACAUAACAUUCUGUCAGGCGUAGGAUCCAAAAUGAAGCACUCAAUUGCCAAGGUCAAAAAGGCCAUCACCGGUAAGUCCUCUCAUCCAAAGCCACCACUGCCAAAAGAAAGUGAGGAAUGUUAAAUACGUCCUAUCAGUUAAACUACAGUUCCAAGUGUUCUGAAUUUCCAAAGUUUGUGCUUGCGUGUGGUAAAGGUUUUGUUGGUUUGUUUGCUUUUUCUUGUACACAUUAUUAGAUUUGUGCAUGGUGCUCAGUGUUUUAGUACGUAAUCCUUAUAUUUAGAGUGUUAUAAACAGAUGUCUAUUUUCUUA